AUGCCUCAGGUCAGCCUCUGUCUCAGGCGUCUCUUCAUCAGCUUCAACAUCUUCUUUGUGAUUGUGGGUGGACUCAUCAUCAUCGUCUCCUUGGCUCUGCUGUCUCCAUCGCUGGACGCCCGACAUGGAGAGAAAGAUUUUGAAGUUCAGACGACCAGUCACAUCGUCCUCUACAUCUGUGGCUCUGUUACCAUGGUGAUCGCCAUCUUGGGAGCCUAUGGGGCCUAUAAAGAGAACCUGGUGGCUCUGACUGUGUUCCUGGUGUGUAUGGUCAUUGGAACUCUGCUGAUGCUCCGAGCUGGAGUCUCUGCUGCCUUCGCCCGACCCAAGUUGGAGGGUCUGAUGGAGGAAAGGUGGCGUUCGUUUCUUCCACUGGAUCAAACUUCAGACGACAUCAAGAAUCAGGCUGAAGCUCUGCAGACAUCACUGCACUGCUGCGGUCUGUUCAGCUACGACGACUGGGAGCAGAACAUCCCCGACUCCUGCCUGUGCAACCAGGAGGAGGAGCUGGAGGGCAAGUGUCAGAGCGUCGGCUACAGCAACUUCCUGUUGAAUCUUUUCUGGCAGAAGAAGUCUGUCUUCAGGCAGAGCUGCUUCCCCCUCAUCGUGGACUCUGUUAAAACAAACGCUGACAUCACCCUGGGCGUCGUCUUCACUCUGUUUGCUCUGGCGCUGCUCGGCCUGCUGCUGUCUACGCUGACCAUCUACCAGAUGUUCAACGGCCCCGACAGGCCCAACGCGCUGCCGGUGAUGUUCGUCGACCCACCCCCUGCCUACCAGCAGCUGUACAACCUGUCAGAGUAG